AUGGCUAUGCCACCAUUCAAUCCUACCCAACAACACCAACAACAAUUACAAUCUUCUCCAACUUUUUUAACUCCAUUAUUACCUUCUCAACAACAACAGCAAACACAGCAACAAACAUUUGCUGUGCCACAAAUACCACAGACAACAGCAUCAACAACGCAAGUAGAGCAACAACAACAGCAAACAUUUAUUCCUUCAUCAAUGCCUAUGCCUUUUGGUUUAACACCUCAACAAUUAAUUGUUCCUGAAUGUUCUAAUAUUCCAACAACAUCAGAACAAUCGCAACAACAGCAACAAUUAUUACCAGAAUUAACAACUGAAAGAGCUGCACAAAUAUUAUUUGGAGGGAAAAAGAAUGAAAAUGAAGAGGAUGAUGAGGAAGAAAAUUAUGAUAUUUAA